AUGUUCGAUGAGAUUCGAUACGAGCUCGACGGUGUGGAGAUUGAUCGAAACAGAAACGUCGGAAUAACCAGCACCCUCAAGAACUAUGUAACUAUGUCAGCUGCCAGAAGCGUAAUCGCGAGGAACGCCGGCUGGGAUCCGUGGAAUCCUCCGAACGGAUACUUUAAUUUUUGCGUACCGCUCAACAUGCUGUUGGGAUUUUGUGAAGAUUACAGACGCGUGGUGAUCAACGCUCGCCAUGAGCUGAUUUUAAUACGCGCGCGUAACGAUAACAAUUGUCUGAUGGGAAGUUCAGAAUUGGAGCCGAAGAUUGAAUUACUCAAAGUUCAGUGGCGAAUGCCGCAUGUGUUACUGAACGAGAUAAAUAAACUGUCGAUGCUGCGUGCUCUGGAAAGCGGGCGAUACCUCAGCAUGGCAUUUCGUUCUUGGGAUCUAUAUGAGUAUCCUUUAUUGCAAAGCACAACCAAACAUUCGUGGGCCAUCAAGACCGCUACUCAGCUCGAGAAGCCUCGAUACGUCGUUUUCGCUCUGCAGGCUGGUCGGAAGAAUAACAUGUCUGAAAACAUGAGUCGAUUCGAUCAUUGCAAAUUAAUCAACGCAAAACUCUAUUUAAACUCGGAAUGUUAUCCGUACGAUGAUUUGAAUCUAGAUUUUGAUAAAAAUAAAUGGUCGAUUCUGUACGACACGUACGCACAUUUCUGUAAAAACUAUUACGGAUAUGAUUAUCUCGAGCCGAAUCAAUCCGUCACCAUGUUUCGACAUAAUGGUCCAUUCGUGAUUAUCGAUUGCUCUCGACAAAACGAAUCGAUCAAGAGCGCAACCGUGGACGUACGCUUAGAAUUUGAAUGCAGAGAAAACGUGCCCGCGAACACUACCGCGUACUGUCUCAUUAUACACGAUCGUGUGAUUCAGUACAACCCGUUGACCAACGUUGUGCGCAAAAUUACCUAA